CUCCUUUUCCCUCUUGGAUUUCUUUCUCUCUCUAUUUCACUUUCUUUCUCCUUUUUUCCUUCCUUAUCUCUCUCUGCUCUCCUUUCAUCUCUCUUUCUUUCUCUUUUUUCCCUCUUUCUCCCUCUUUUCCUCCACUCUCUUUUUCUACCUCUCUAUUUGCUAUGACAGGAAAUGCAUUUUCUGACACUUUUAAAAUGAGCAAUCAUAUGUAUAAUCAACUUGGUCAAAACUUCCUUCCUGGUAACUGCAGCACUUCCUCUGCAUCUGGAUUUGAAAAGAGACCUAGAAAAACAGAAGAGAGACACUGAAAUUGUUGAAGAAGAAGGGGAAAAAAUGCCCUGGUUUUAAAAACCAAAUAAGUGAUUCUUCAGUAUCAUAGCUGCAGCCUUUUUUAUAGACAGGGUAUGGAUCUGGAGGACCAUGAUCCCGUGAUUCUGAGAGAAGAUAACAGGGGGAGGAGGCGGAAAAUGAAGCCACAAAGUGCUGGUAUGAACCUAUCAUCAAUGGAAUUCAUUCCUAUAGAAUUUGUCCUGCCCACCACCCACCCGCUCACCAAAGUGGCUGAAACAGUGAUCCUGGAAGCAGCUGGAAAUUGCAAUGUGGAGCAGGUAAAGGCACAGGUCUGGAUGCAGGCCAUGGAGACUAGCAUGACCGUGGAAUUCUAUCACCAGUCAUCCCCAGAACAAUUUCUCCUGCUGUACCAGAAAAAGGAACAGUGGUAUGAGAUCUAUGACAAGUACCAAUUGAUACAGACAUUGGACUGUGUGAAGUACUGGAAAGCAUUCCAUAAGAACACGGGUCAGAUUCAUGUGGUCCAGAAGCAGCCACCCACAGAGGAAACUUGGGCAUUCCAGAAGCAGCUAAAUGAUCUGAUUGACUAUGAUGUCACUGAUAUGAGCAACGUGCACGAUGAUGAAUUGGAAUUCACUCGGCGCCGGCUUGUCACUCCACGGAUCAUGGAGGUGGCCAGCCGAGACCCCAAACUCUAUGCCAUGCAUCCCUGGGUCACUUCCAAGCCACUCCCCACAUACUUGUUGAAAAAGAUUGUCAAUAAUUGCAUUUUGAUUGUCAUCCACCGAAGUACCACCAGUCAGACAAUCAAAGUCUCUGCAGAUGACACCCCAGGUACAAUCUUGCAGAGCUUCUUCACCAAGAUGGCUAAGAAGAAGUCAUUAAUGGACAUCCCUGAAAGUCAAAAUGAGCUGGAUUUUGUGCUUCGGGUCUGUGGCCGGGAUGAGUACAUUGUGGGUGAAACACCAAUCAAGAAUUUCCAGUGGAUUAGGCAUUGCCUCAAGAAUGGGGAAGAUAUUCACCUUUUGCUGGAUACUCCUCCUGACCCAGGGCAGGAUGAAGUGAGGAAGGAGGAUUGGCCACUUGUAGAUGACUGUACAGGAGUCACAGGCUACCAUGAGCAGCUCACAAUAAAUGGCAAGAAUCAUGAGACAGUGUUUACUGUUUCCCUAUGGGAUUGUGACCGAAGGUUUAGGGUCAAGAUCAGGGGCAUUGACAUCCCUGUGCUUCCACGGAACACAGAGCUAACGGUCUUUGUGGAAGCAAACAUCCAACAUGGACAGCAGGUCCUUUGCCAAAGGCGAACCACCUCUAAACCUUUCACAGAGGAGGUACUCUGGAAUGUGUGGCUUGAAUUUGAUAUCAAAAUCAAGGACCUGCCCAAAGGGGCUUUACUGAACCUUCAGAUUUACUGUGGGAAAGCACCAGCCCAGUCUUCCAAGGCUGCUGGAUCUCAUGAGAUUUCUAGCUUUGAAACCAAAGGCAAAACUCAAUUACUCUAUUAUGUGAAUCUACUGUUAAUAGACUACCGAUUUCUCUUGAGGCAUGGAGAAUAUGUCCUUCACAUGUGGAAGAUAUCAGGGAAGGGAGAGAACCAAGGAAGCAUGAAUGCUGAUAAGCUUACAUCAGCAACCAACCCUGAUAAGGAGAAUUCUAUGUCAAUCUCCAUUCUGCUGGACGAUUAUUGCCAUCCCAUAGCCUUGCCUAAGCACAGGCCCACACCUGACCCUGAAGGGGACAGGGUACGGGGAGAAAUGCCCAAUCAGCUUCGAAAACAGCUGGAAGAGAUCAUAGCCACUGACCCACUUAACCCACUGACUGCAAAGGACAAAGAAUUACUAUGGCAUUUUAGAUAUGAAAGCCUUAAGCAUCCCAAAGCGUAUCCUAAGCUAUUUAGCUCAGUGAAAUGGGGGCAACAAGAAAUUGUGGCCAAAACAUACCAGUUGUUAGCCAGAAGAGAAGCUUGGGAUCAAAGUGAUUUGGAUGUUGGGUUAACAAUGCAACUCCUGGACUGCAACUUUUCAGAUGAAAAUGUAAGAGCCAUUGCAGUUCAAAAGCUAGAAAGCUUGGAGGAUGAUGAUGUCUUGCAUUACCUGCUGCAACUAGUUCAGGCUGUGAAAUUUGAACCAUACCAUGACAGUGCUCUUGCCAGAUUUCUGCUGAAACGUGGUUUGAGAAACAAGAGAAUUGGUCAUUUCUUGUUUUGGUUUCUGAGAAGUGAGAUUGCUCAGUCCAGACAUUACCAGCAACGAUUUGCAGUGAUCCUCGAAGCUUAUCUGAGGGGCUGCGGCAUGGCCAUGCUAGAGGAUUUCACAAAACAAGUUCAAGUAAUCAGGUUGCUACAAAAAGUCACUAUUGAGAUUAAGUCACUGUCUGCUGAAAAGUACGAUGUCACUUCCCAAGUUAUUUCGCAACUUAAACAAAAGCUUGAAAACCUUCAGAAUUCUAAUCUUCCAAAAAGUUUUAGAGUUCCCUAUGAUCCUGGCCUGAGAGCUGGAACACUCAUGAUUGAAAAGUGCAAAGUAAUGGCGUCCAAGAAGAAGCCUUUAUGGCUUGAAUUUAAAUGUGCUGAUCCCACAGCCCAGUCCAAUGAAACAAUAGGAAUUAUUUUUAAACAUGGAGAUGAUUUGCGUCAAGACAUGCUUAUUUUACAAAUUCUUCGAAUUAUGGGAUCUAUUUGGGAAGCAGAAUCUUUGGACUUGUGCCUGAAGCCAUAUGGUUGCAUUUCAACUGGAGACAAAAUAGGAAUGAUUGAAAUUGUGAAGGAUGCUAUAACAAUUGCCAAAAUUCAGCAGAGCACAGUGGGUAAUACUGGAGCAUUCAAGGAUGAGGUGCUAAAUCAUUGGCUCAAAGAAAAAUGCCCAAUUGAAGAAAAGUUCCAGGCAGCAGUGGAGAAAUUUGUGUAUUCAUGUGCCGGCUAUUGUGUGGCAACUUUUGUUCUUGGUAUAGGAGACAGACACAAUGACAACAUUAUGAUCACAGAGACAGGAAAUCUAUUUCAUAUUGACUUUGGUCACAUUCUUGGGAAUUACAAAAGUUUCCUGGGUAUUAACAAAGAGAGAGUUCCAUUUGUGCUAACCCCAGACUUCCUCUUCGUGAUGGGAACUUCUGGAAAGAAAACAAGCCUUCACUUCCAGAAAUUUCAGGACAUUUGUGUCAAGGCUUACCUAGCUCUUCGACAACACACUAACCUGUUGAUCAUCCUGUUUUCCAUGAUGUUGAUGACUGGAAUGCCACAGUUAACUAGCAAGGAAGAUAUUGAGUAUAUCCGGGAUGCCUUGACAGUGGGGAAAAAUGAAGAAGAGGCCAAAAAGUAUUUCCUUGAUCAGAUAGAAGUUUGUAGAGACAAAGGGUGGACUGUGCAGUUCAACUGGUUCUUACAUCUUGUUCUUGGUAUCAAACAAGGAGAAAAACACUCUGCCUAGUGUUUAGAACAAGAUUUGAAGGCAAAAAAACCAUUAGAAGAGUUUGAAAUAAAAUGUCAGUUAUUGAACUUGAACUCAAAAUGGAAUUGGACAUUCUGACAGUGGGCUCUUCAGAAAUACAAUUGUUUUUGCUGAUUUUUUUUUAAAAUAGAAAAACUGUUAUCACUGCAGAUUAUUUGAAUAGCUAUUGUAUAAUACUGAGCAGAUUUCUAGGUCUUCCCAGCAGUGCUUGGGAAGAGAAUUGUAAAUUUAAGCAGAUUAAUACCAUCAUUGUUAUGUUAAAAGGUAUGAUUGAGUUAUUAGAUAUUUCUGGAAAUACUUCUAGAAAGAAAUUAUAACAUCUAUUUUCAUCUGUGUAUCAAAGAUUGCCUCUGAUAACCCCCCACCCACCCACACAAACACAGAAAAUGCAGGGGAAAAAAAUGUAGUCACUUUAACCUCAUUUCUUAAAAGGUCCUUUCAAAACAUCCUCUCAUAUCUUUAGAUACCAAUGAUAUGCCAAAAGCAAAGAAGGAGGUUAGUUUUUUCACAAUGCUAUUUGCAAUUAUGUAUUUUAAAGUGAACAAAUGAGAAUAAAAAGGCACAUGGAGAACUUAAAAUGGAAAAUCUACACCUUUUUGCCCUUAUUCUUUUCUGCUGGUCUGGUUCCAAGACUUUGAAUGUGCGUAAUACAAAUGAUUGCAUCUGUUAGUGCUCUCCAUGUAAGAAAAAGUAAUUCAGUGUAAUUAAAGGUUCUUUCUGGAGCAUGGAAACAGGAAAUCAUUGUUACAGGCACUCAUCUCAUCUAAAGUUUUUCCUCCCUCUCUGCCUCCUUUCUUGCUUUCCAUUCUCCCUACCAUUUACAAACACAAACACAUGCCCACACAGGAUUGUGAAAUCUUCAAGGGCACUUUUGUCCCACAAUUGAGAAAAAUUACUUGGAAAGAAAGUCUCCUUUAGAACUACUAACAUUUUUAAUCUUUAUACAAAACAAAUUUCAUAUUUUUGAAAUGUAUUUUGAAGAAUAAUUCAGAAGAUACAAAUUAGUAAACAAGUGAUUUCUGUUCAAUUUAGCCUAAAAGGAAUUUUUUAAGGAAGAUAAUUGUUCUGGGGCAGCUAGAUGGCACAGUAGAUAGGGCACUGGCCCUGAAGUCAGAUCAAAAGAUAUUUAAUACUUCAUAUCUGUGUGACCCUGGACAAGUCCCCAAUUGCCUGGGGGCAAGAAGGGGGGAGAUAAGUGUUCCCCUAAGAAAAUUUUUGAGAAGAAUGCCAGUUUCUCCAAUUAUUUUAAAGCUCAUAAACUUUAAAACUGUUAGACAUUUUCUAGGUAGCCUAUAAUAAAUGAUGGAAAUAUAUUAGACUAUUUGAUAUAGCAUAUAUUUUGCUAUUUAUGAGGUUCUUGUGAAAUAAAAAGUUCUCUCAAAUGGAAUCAUUAGACAUUUAUUUGUGCGCUCUUAGAAACAAUCUAUACGUAGAAUUGCACAUUGAACUAAUUUACAAAGGAAGGGGAAAUUGCUAUACUAAAGCAACUUCACAAUCCUUGGGAAAUGGAAAGAUUUCACUCUGCUGAAGGCCCUAAGUUAUGUGAGGAGAAAACAAAUUCUCUCUCCUUAGAAAGGUAACUCAGAGGCUGUGGAGAUUCUCAAGAUAAUUUGUUUGCCACUAGUCCUUUUAGAAAGAAAAGAUCCUGGCUUUAGACAAGUAUGUUUUCAUUAUUCUUGUAAGAAAUAAUUACUUUCAAAUGAAAAAAUAACCAGAUCAGGCAUUGUAUAAUUACUUUUCCUUCUAAUGGAGUUAUUGAUAGUCUUCUUACCUUGAUGAUUAAAGAUAACAAAAGAAAGAAAAUGUUUUGUAGCUUACUACCUAAGUAAUUGCUUUUCUUUUUCAGAAUUUAUAGUAGAUAAGAUAGUUCAGUUAAUUUUUUCAUUCCUGUUUCAUGAUGUGGAAUUAAUCUUCUGAAGGACUUAAUUGUCCCCUAUUCUGAGGGCAAAGUAAAAUUUCAACUCUGGGGUUAUGUUCAUAAGUACGAGCAAAUCAUCUACUGGGUUCCAAUUUGAUCCUUCUGCCCCCAUUGAAACCUAUAAAAUUGGUCUUUUUUAUUCCUGAAAUUGUAGGAGAACCAAGUUCUCUGAAUUAUAGAAGAGGUCUGGAGACUCCAGAAUAGCAUCGUGGCAUGAAAAGAGCUAGAGUUGGAAUUUCUGAAUUCUGGACCAAGAUUUCUUGUUAUCUACUGUUCUUUGGAAGUCACUGAACAUUUCUAAGCAUAUAUAUCCUUAUCUAAAAACUGAGAGGUAUUAGGUUAAAUAAUCUUUAAGUUUUCUUACAGCUCUGAGAUUUGGGUGUAGCCCAUUAGGGUCAUGUUAAUACAAAGAAGGGCAUUCAGAUUAAACAGAUUUCUUUUUUAAUAUAUAAUAUAUAUUUUAAUAUAUUUAAUACAUAUCUUAAUAUUUCUUUCUAUAAAUAAAUUUAUCUUAAUUAUUAUUAAUAUAUACAUAUAUACAUACAUACACCCACAGUAAAAUGUAACUUACCUUAUAGUUAUUUUUAUAUCCCCAAUGCCUAACAGUCUGGCAUAGAUUAGGGAUUUAAUAAAUGCUUGUUGAUUGGUUUAAAAAUUACUUCAACCACUGUUUAAUACAUGUAGUUUAUUUUUACAUGAAUAUAGCAGAAAGGAAUAAGAACAAAACAUUUUUUCUGCUCUGUUUACUAUCCUUUAUCCAUAUGGUUAUAUAAAAACACCAGAAAAUACUGGUCACAUUGCUUGUGCACUAUUAGAAUAGCCCCAAGAGUAUGAAAUGGAUCCAAUGUUUCAAACCAAUGCUAUUUAGCUUCAUUAGAUCUGGCUCUUUUAAGUCAUUGGAGGAUUUGCCUUAACUUAGACAAAACACAUAUUUUUUGGAAUUUUUUUCUUAGAAAUUUCCUUUUUUUUUAAAUGAAAGAGUUGCUUUCCAAAUAAGUAGCUAUAGUAUUAAAAAUUGAGGUAAAUAGGGUUAAGUGACUUGGCCAAAGUCACACAAGUAAUGAAUGUCAGAGGUCAGAUUUGAACUCAGGAAAAUGAAUUUUCCUGACUUCAGACUUGGCAUUCUCUUCACUGCACCACCUAGCUGACCCAGAAUCUUAGAGGAGUAAUAGUAAUAACAUAAUAGAGUUAGUAUUUAUAUGCUUUUAAUUUUAUAAAAAAUACAUUACAAGUGUGAUCUCAUUUCAUCCUCAUGAAAAUCCAUGGAAAUACAUGUUAUUAUUACCGCCAUUUGACCCCAAAAUAGUGUCAUUUUAGUCCUCUUCAAGAACAAAGGACAACCAACCAAUUCCCAUUUUAUAGAUAAAGAAAACUGAGGCAGAUGGAGUUUAUGUGACUUGCCCAAGAUCACAAGAUAGUAAGGAUUUGAAUUCAAGUCUUCCUGACUUCAGGUUCAGUGCUCUUUCAGCUGUGUCAUUAACUAUCUUGGUAGUAGAAAUAGUAUUAACUAAGGAUGUAAUAAUAAAUAAUAAAUGGGAUAACAUACUUAUUAUCUCUGUUGUCCUAUCUGCUGCUUGAGUUGUGUGGAAUAUGCUUUUCACUGAGCCUAGAAAAGAAGAUCUCACUUUAAAGAAUACAAAAGGAUGCUUUUAUUCAAAUACAAAAAAGCAGUUAUUUCAUCUGUGUAAUUGCCUACAGAACAUUGUUGUUGUUUGUCCUUUAUUUUCAAAGGGGACCAAUGUCAUCAGUGUCUCGACUUAGAAGAACAUUGAUUUAAAUGAGGUGGAGCUGUGCAAAAUCCUUACCCUCACUCUCUCCUCCAGGGUCAUCUGAGUCCAGUGGCAAGACAUCCAUCAAAACAACUAAAGAUGACUCCUACAGAACAUUAUACAUAAAAAAAUAAUAUUAGAAUAGUGCCUUAUGCAUGGAUGAUUUAUCUAAACUCCAUCAAUAAAGAUGAGAAAGGGUUGAAUAACAAUAAUAAACUGACAAUUAUAAUAUGCUUUCAGGAUGGCAAGUGGAAAAGAAUGUCAGUUGCCCAGAUUAUAACAAGGAUUUGGAGAGACAAUUUAUAGAGCUUGUCCAUCCAUUUGACUUUGGGGCAUAUGGGCCAAAUAAACAAUGAGUUGAGCCCAAAGAUGAAGAAAAGGAGAAGGUAGGUUGGAUCAUUUUCAGGAAAUUGCCAGUAGCUCUCUUUUAAUGCUAACAAUCUAUCAUCAUUGAUCCAUGGAAAACCAGACACAAAAAAGCAAAGAUCUCUAGCAAAUGGGUUAACCCCAUAUAUAUCUGUAGAUGUAGGAUAGAAGAAUAUAGAUAAGGGUCUUGUAGGAUGGAUGGUCAUGAAUAGGUUGCAAUUUACAUUAUUACAGGGAACACACACAAUGAGAUCACAAAUUUGGGGGGAGUUUUAAGAUCUAUAAGGUGUUUUGCAUGUAUUACCAGCACCGGAACCAUCAUUACAGUAAUAUUAUAAAGUUUACUAAAAGUAUGGAAAAGUUAAAAUUUAAACAACAAUAACCAGUUUUAAUAAUAAAUAUGGACAAAUAGAUCUAUGUUUCAUUGAUGUGAGGACCUUAGUAUGCAUCUCAUCUUGCACAGUUCUUGGACCUGUCGAAAGACAACUCUUUCAACAUGCUAGAGUGGGCUCCCUCUUUUUAUCUUAGUAGCAACUUCAAGGCUCACCACUUGUUAUCACAUACUUACUCCAUAAGCAACUUGUCUCUUUUUCUGUUCAUAUACUGUCUACUUCAUAAAACAGAUAAUUUCCUUAUCACUGGAAGUCUUCAAAAGCAAGCCCAGAUGAUCUGUUAGCAGAAGCCCUCUCUCCCAAAUUACCUUGUAUUUAACUACUUUAUAUCUAUUUGUAUUUAUUGCUUUUAUACUUAUUCCAUGUGUGUCUUUGUAUUUGUUGCCUAUGCCAAGCUUCUUGUGAAUAGAAAUUAUUUCAUUCUUUAUAGUUGUAUCCCCAGAGCCUAGGCAGUAUCUCCAACAUAGCAUGUGCUUAAUUGUUGAUUGAUUAGUUGAUGUUGCCAUGCAUUAUCAUAGUGAAGCUAUUAAGACUUUUUGAAUCAAACUUUGUUAUUGACUCAAUAAUAUUAGUACUAGACCUAAACCCACAAAGAAAUCAAAGAAAGACAAUAAGUUCCAUUUGUAAAAAAAUUUAAAUUAGUCCAUUUUAUAAUAGAAAAAAUGGAAAUUAAGAUCCCCAUCUAUUGAGAAUUGGCUGAACAAAUUAUGAUUUAUAAAUGUAACAGAAUAUUAUAACACUAUUAGAAAUGUCUAAAUGAAUAGUGUUAGAGAAAACUGGGAAGAUAUACACACAAGUGAAAUGAGAAGAAUCAGAAGAACAAUUAGUUUACAUGAUAAUGACAUUGUAAAGAUAAACAACUUUGGAAUACUUAUACUCUCUCACAAUGACAAAUCAUAAUUGUAGGAAAUGAUGACAAAAACAUAUUACCCACCUCCAUGCAGGAAGCUUAGGGAAUCAAAAUGCAAAAUGCAACAUACAUUUUUGGAGAAGGGCAGUGUGGCAGUUUCUUAUGUCUUACUAUGCACAUUUAUUAUGAGAACUUUGAUUUAUUUCUUUGUUUUGUUCAGUGGGACAAAGGGAAGGGAAAGAAACUAAAUGUAUUUUGUUCAUUGAGUGUCAUACGUUAAAGACAUUUGUCAUCUACAGAGAGUGUACAGAGGAGAACAAAGAGAAUGGUGAAAUGUCUUUUAAUCUAUGUCAUGAAAAUUGGUUAAAAGAAUUGGAAUUAUUUAAGCUGGAGAAGACAAGACCCAGUGGUUUAUGAUAACUUUCUUCAGGUAUUUGUAGAAUUGUCAUAGGGAGUUAUGUUUGCUCUGUUUGGAUCAAGAGAGCAUAUCCAAGAAUAAUGAAUGAAUAUUGUGAAGAAGUAAAUUUGUUGGGAAAAAUAUUCCAACUACUAGAGGUAUCUCAGAGUGCAAUGUGCCGCCUCAAGAACUGAUGAGUAUCCCCUCCUUACCCAUUUUCAAGUAAAAGUUUCAUGAUUUGUCUGACAUAUGGUUGAGAUUGCUUCCAUGUACAAUUUGAAUUAGCUGCUGGAUUCUCUUUCAACUCAAAUUCUGUGAUUCUGUUUCUAAUUCUAUGAUAUAAUAAGACUCUAUUGCUGUUGAUGUCUUAAGAUGUCGUGAUUAAAGCCUCUGACCUUUAGAAAA